UCACGUGAGGCCGCAGUAACGUGACUGUCUCAAACGGGAAGUCUCACAACUACAGAACCUCUGCGUUUGUCCUGUUCUGUGUCUAUUCCUCUGCCCGCCGGUACCGGGACUGGAAAGCGGACACACGAGGUCGUAACUCAACAUCACAACAAAAUACAAAGUUAUGGGCUCCAUGUUUCGCAGUGAGGAGGUCUGCCUGGUGCAGCUUUUCCUUCAGUCCGGUUCGGCCUAUAAUUGUGUCAGUGAGCUUGGCGAGCUGGGCCUUGUCGAGUUCAGAGAUUUAAAUCCCAGUGUAAACGCGUUUCAGAGAAAAUUCAUCGCAGAGAUCCGAAGAUGCGAGGAGCUGGAGAAAACUUUUACUUUCAUUGAACAAGAAAUCAGUCGUUCGCGGUUGCCUCCCUUCACUGGCCCUCUCCCUCCCCCGUGUCCAAUCCCUCCAGCACCACAGCCCCGUGAACUCAUAACGAUAGAGGAGGAGAGUGAGAGAUUGGCCCGGGAGCUCAGAGAGGUCUCCAGGAACAGGGACAGUUUGCAAGCCCAGCUAACUCAGCUUUGUCAAUACAGAGGAGUUCUGACCAAAACUCAUUCAAUUACAGCAUCUCAGGCACCACCACCGCAGAUAAUCGAAAAUCAAGGCCUUUUCGAUAACCGCCAAGAUGUCCGCUUAAGUUUUGUAGCUGGAGUGGUCCAUCCCUGGAAGGUGCCCUCCUUUGAGCGACUGUUGUGGCGGGCCUGCAGAGGCUUCAUCAUUGUAGAUUUCAAGGAGAUGGACGAUCGGCUUGAGAAUCCAGACACUAGGGAAAGCGUUCAAUGGACUGUGUUUCUGAUUUCGUACUGGGGAGAUCAAAUUGGACAAAAAGUCAAAAAAAUAUGCGAUUGCUUCCGCACUCAGACUUUUGCAUAUCCCGAGAGCACAACUGAAAGAGAAGAAAUCCUCCAGGGACUUCAAACCAGAAUUGAAGACAUACAUUCUGUGUUGAGGCAGACUGAAACCUUCAUGCAGCAGCUGAUCAUGCGGGCUGUGGCGGUCCUGCCCCAGUGGAAAGUGAAGGUGCAGAAGUGUAAAGCUGUCCAGGCCGUGUUAAACCUCUGUAGUCCCUCGGUCACAGACAAGUGCCUGAUCGCAGAGGCCUGGUGUCCCGUUGCCAAACUACCAGAACUCCAGUGUGCACUUAGAGAGGGAGGGAGGAAAAGUGGCAGCAGCGUUGACUCGUUCUACAAUCGCCUGCCCUCCACCACCUCUCCACCCACUCUAUUUCCCCUGAACUCCUUCACUACUGGCUUUCAGAACAUUGUGGAUGCCUACGGAGUGGCAAGUUACCGUGAAGUUAAUCCAGCUGUGUACACCAUUAUCACUUUUCCAUUCCUGUUUGCGGUCAUGUUUGGUGACGUUGGCCAUGGUUUACUCAUGGCACUAGCAGCAUUGUGGAUGGUACUUGAACAAAAUGAUCCCAAACUAAAGAACAACAACAAUGAAAUUUGGAGAAUGAUGUUCGGAGGGAGGUACCUGAUUCUGCUCAUGGGACUGUUUUCCAUUUAUACUGGUGCCAUUUACAACGAGUGCUUUAGCAAAGGUCUUAGCACAUUCACUUCAGCAUGGCAUGUCACCCCAAUGUUUGAGAAGAAUAUAUGGAACUCAUCAGUUCUUGCAGGAAGCCAGUAUUUGUCUAUGGAUCCCAAUGUGACUGGGGUUUUCACAAGCCCCUAUCCAUUUGGCAUUGACCCGAUUUGGGGUUUAGCCAACAAUAAGUUAACAUUCCUCAACUCAUACAAGAUGAAGAUGUCAGUCAUCAUCGGCAUCAUUCACAUGACUUUUGGAGUCUGUUUGUCAUUCUUUAACUAUGUACACUUUGGUCAGAUAAGCAAUGUGUUUCUUGUAUUAAUUCCGGAGCUGUUCUUUAUGCUGUGUCUUUUCGGAUACCUGGUUUUCAUGAUCGUCUUCAAGUGGAUUGCCUACACCCCAGACCAGUCCAGAUUUGCCCCUAGUAUACUCAUCCACUUUAUUGACAUGUUCCUCUUUACAGAAAAUGCAGAUAACCCUCCACUCUAUAAAGGACAGUCAAUUGUGCAAACAGCCUUGGUGGUGUUGGCACUGUGCUCCGUCCCUGUACUACUGCUCGGAAAACCCACUUUUGAAUAUUUCAAAUUCAAAACACGACGAAAUCGUCAUGUGGUGGAGGACAGGCGACCACUUAUCAGUGAUGAUGGUUCAGUCAACACGAGAACAGGGGAUGUAGAAGAAAUAGCCACUGAACCAGAGGAAUUUGAUGCUGCAGAUGUGUACAUGCAUCAAGCCAUUCACACCAUAGAGUACUGUUUGGGCUGCAUCUCCAACACAGCGUCCUACCUCCGACUUUGGGCCCUCAGUUUGGCUCAUGCACAGCUGUCGGAGGUUUUAUGGGAAAUGGUGAUGCGAUUGGCCCUGAAAUGGCAAGGCUACGUAGGCGCUGCUAUACUAGUUAUAAUUUUUGCCUUCUUUGCUGUGCUAACAGUCUCAAUCUUGUUGGUGAUGGAGGGACUGUCGGCAUUUCUGCAUGCACUCCGUCUACACUGGGUUGAAUUUCAAAACAAGUUCUACAGUGGUACUGGCUACAAGCUCACACCUUUCUCGUUUUCUUCAUUGAUAAAUGCAGCAGCUAUAUAAAUGUGCUGGGGCUGCAAAUACCAACAAAAAUAUUGUAACGAAAUACUUUCCCUAUACAAGUUUGACUGUUAUCUUUAUCAAAUGAAAACUUUGCUUAUCAGUAAUUUUUCUUACCCCAAAUCUCACUGUCAGUAUUCUCCUUACAAUAUAGCCUCAAGCCUUCUUGCCAAAAUUUCAUUUUCUAACUUUAAAAUGGUUGUUCUUGAAAGGGAAGUGAAAAAUUAUUUCAACUCUUUAAGGGAAUAUAUUAAUUUUCUGGAUUGUGAUCACUGUGAGAGGAUCUCAUGAGCCAAUAUUGUGUUUCCUCAUUUCCAUGUCUUCCAAAAAAAGAUUGAUAUUUAUUGGUAAUGAUGAUUUUAGGUGCCUUCUGGGGACUAAGUGCUUGUUUAGGCAUAAGUCUUUAGGUUAUCAAAUGUAUUGCUUUGCCUCAUAAAUGUAAACUAUUGUCCUUCUUUUAUCACUGAUUUACACUGUAAAGUAAUGAAAAUUAUUAAAUUUCUAAUUUUGCAGUUUA